UAUCCGAAUAAGGUCAUAAAGUCAUCCGCUUUAUCCAUACAGUACAAUAAACUCAGCGCAGUGACAGUGACGUCUAGUCUCGCGUAACACAUAAAUGUAACUGACAAUGUCACGAUUAUAGCGUUAGUCGAUUACACAGUGGCAGCGCAGGCGCACGUUUUUGCAUUUAGUCACACAAUUUUAUUGAUUUUUUUGUAAUUGUAUUGUUUUGAAACAUGGAGUGGCUUAUCACAGAAGAUGGAAAGUACAGAAUAGAAUCUCUAUCAGCUGCUACUUUCCCCGGGGCAUUACGAGUUAUAACAGAAUCUUUCUGCCAAGAUGAGUCUGUGAGUAUAGGCACAGAAGUAAAUAAGAAUCCCGUGGCUGCAGAAGAGCUGUUAGAAUUGUGCGCAGAUGCAGCACUGGAUGGCGUGUCCUUAGUGGCAACAUCAGAUUCUUCAGAAAAGCCUUUCUUUGAAAUAUUCGCAGAAGAACGUUGUACCCAACCAUCAUCGCGAGCUCUAAUUGAGUGGAUGGCAGAAGUUGACGGCAAAUGUAACUUCUUUGAGAAAUACAAUGUUGACUGCAGUCUUGAAAUAAUGUUCUUAGCAACACUUCGAGAGCACAGACAUCAAAAACUUGGCAGAAUCCUGUGCAGCACUUCAAUAGAUCUAGCAAAGAGAUUGAAGAAUGGUCCAGUCUCUCAAAUAUCGGUGCAAGAUUUAGGGCCAAAAUAUUCCAAUAUGGCGGCUAGAAAACCAAUAAACAAAGUUCCUAAGAUCUGUCAAGCUUUAUGGACUUCGGAACCAACUCAGAAGAUUGGCAAGAUAAUAAGAGAAGAUUUCUUCCAAGAUGAAGACGUUAGUGUUGGUGCUGGAAUAAACGAAGAUCCGGAAGCUGCAGAAGAAUUACUAGAACUUUGCGCAGAUGCAAUGCUAGAUGGACUAUCGCUGGUGGCUGUUGAAAUUGCGAGUGGAAAAGUUGUAUCCGUUGUUUUUAAUAAACUACAGGAAGCACCAUCUGCAUCUUCGGGAAAAACAUUUUUCGAAACAUUUGCCGAAGAGCGCUGCAAGCGACCAGCCGCCAUUUCCCUGAUCGAUUUCAUGGUAGAACUUGAUGCAAAGUGCAAUUAUUUUGAAAGAUACGGGGUUGACUGCCUCUGUGAACUGAUGUUCCUUGGGACUCUUCGAGAACACAGACGAAAAGGACUUGCCAAGAUUCUCUGUAAAACGUCAGUAGAACAAGCGAAGAAGUUAAAAGAUAGACCUGCUACUCCGCUGAAGAUUGAGGAUCUUGGACCAAAGUACGGAAUUGAUUGCCUCUUUGAACUAUUAUUCCUUGGAACUUCUCGAGAACACAGACAAAAAGGACUUGCUAAGCUACUCUGCAAAACUUCAAUAGAACUAGCAAAGAAGUUGAAAGAUGGACCAAUUGCUCCCCUGAAGGUUGAGGAUCUUGGAUCAAAAUACGCUUUUAUGAAGCCAAGGAAGCCAAUUACAAGAGCACCAAAGUUACUUACCGCGAUGUGGACAGCAGAUGGCACUAAGAAGAUAGGAAAAGAUUUGGGUUUUGAUGUGCUGGUCACUGUGUCUUUGAAAGAUUAUAUUUUUGAAGGAAAACGUUAUUCAGACGGAGUAGGUUUUGUUACGACUUGUGAAGGGGCUGCAUUGAAGAUUUAAGGACCAAAUGUAUUAUGAGGCAGA